CCCAAAGAGCUCGUUGCCCUGUGCCUGCGAUAGUAAACCUGAUUCUGAGCAGACUGAUAUUGUGGUGUUUGGUAACCAGCCAACUUGCUCUAGUGAAUAGCUGGGCUGCUGAGAGGCAGUCCUCACCACCUGGAAAGUUCAGGCAUUCGGAGAUCACAGCUCAAAGUCAAGUUUAUUAACAAGGUUUGCGUGCGUCACCAUAUUCUACCCUGACGUGCAUUUGCUCACAAUUACAAAGAAAUACAACAGGAUUCAUUAAAAACGCUACAUAAACGAAGACGCAAGACAUCAAAAGUACAAAGGAAAACAAACCUCUCCAGCGGGUGAUUAGGACGGCUGAGCGCUUCAUUGGGACUCAACUACAGGGCCUGGAGACGAUCUACAACUCUCGGUGCUCGUAACGUCACUAAAGACUCAUCCCGUCCCAGACACUGUCUGUUUGAUCCCCUGCCAUCUGAGAGGGGAUACAGAAACACCUUGGCCAGGACAGUAAGACUGUAAAACAGCUUCUCCCCUGGGGCUGUUGUGCAGCUGAACAAUGCUACCCCCCCCCCACCCCCGGCUUGCCAAUAGCCUCUGAGUGUCCACCCUGCUCUGCUGGGUGAGAAGCUGACAGUGAUGCAGCUGGAUGCUUCCCUGGUGUCAUGGAUUAUUGAUUACCUGACUGGCAGACCGCAGUACGGGCGCUUGCAACACUGUGUGUCAGAAAGAGUGGUCAGCAGCACUGGGGCUCCACAGGGAGCCUGUCCUGUCUCCCUUUCUCUUCACCAUCUACACCUCGGACUUCAACUACUGCACAAAGUCUUGCCAUCUUCAGAAGUUUUCUGAUGACUUUGCCAUAGUUGGAUGCAUCAGCAAGGGAGAUGAGGCUGAGUACAGGGCUACGGUGGGGAACUUUGUCACAAGGUGCGAGCAGAAUCAUCUGCAGCUUAAUGUGAAAAAGACUAAGGAGCUGGUGGUGGACCUGAGGAGGGCUAAGGCACCAGUGACCCCUGUUUCCAUCCAAGGGGUCAGUGUGGACAUGGUGGAGAAUUGCAAAUACCUGGGGAUACAAAUUGACAAUAAACUGGACUGGUCAAAGAACACUGAGGCUGUCUACAAGAAGGGUCAGAGCCGUUCUAUUUCCUGAGGUCCUUUAACAUCUGCCGGAUGAUGCUGAGGAUGUUCUACGAGUCUGUGGUGGCCAGUGCUAUCAUGUUUGCUGUCGUGUGCUGGGUGGAUCCAGAGAUACCGGCCAUGUGACAGAUGCACUGCCACCUGGCUGCUCGGAGGACACACCACAUGCCAAUCAACAUUUGGUCCCUCCCAAAUAAUCAAUGCACACCUAAAUUAUUGGUCACCUUCAUUGGAUUAUCUCGCCCAGCCCCAUGCAAUAAAAGGUGAGACUCGUCCCUGGCUUGGUCUCUCUUACAGACCACGUCAUUGGAGGUUUUCCGGAACAGGAUGAUUUCGGAAUCCAUCGGCUCCCUGAACAUCUGCGAGGGAUUCCAGGACACACCCAGCGAGCCACCGGCUUGCCUCCUGCAUCACGGGCUGGUGCAGGCGGGCCACGCCGGCUGCCUACUGAACGGCCGGCCCUGCAGCCGCCCACUGCCCGCGCCCCACUCCCAGAUGGCGGGCGACUACCCGGCCCCGGACAUCGUCGCCAUCGAGCACAACUACUGCAGCCGCCGGGCGUCUAAGAAUGCCGGGCCAGCGGGGGCCUGGGGAGGUGGAACAGCGGGGGUGGGUCAGGCCCGGCGGGCGCUGAAUGCCCAGCGCUGGAGCUGUGGGGCAGCGGCCCUGCGUUCCACCCGCCAGGGCUCCCGCGCCCGUGCCCAGGCCAGGAUCGAGGUGGAUGAGGCGGUGGACCUCGUGGUGGGCGUCCACCAGGUUGCCGGCAGGCGGGAGGCGGCCGAUGAGGCUGCCGAGGCCCCCCCGUCGCCGCAGCAGUGGGAGGAGAAAGAAGUCCCGGCCUGGAGCAGCUCGGGGCCUAGCAUCGAGCAAGCAGACGGUCCUGACAGGAGCGCCUCGGAGCCCGGAGAAGCUGGCGACCCGCCCUUGAAGAUCCACAGGCUCACCCCGGAGGAGUACAAGGCGGUCUUCAGCACGGUGGUAGGGAAGGCCCUGACCAACACGGCCUCCCGGCCUACACGCAAGUGCAGCCUGGACCUGGCCAGGAGGAUCAAGGAGCACCUAUACAAUGCGGUGAACCGCCCGACCUUCAGGGAGAUCGUCCACACGGAUGGCAGGGUGGAGUUCGUCGAGCACUACAACCUCUCCAGCCGGAAGAGGAGCCCGCCCCACUUCGAGCUGGACACCACCGGCGAGCCUGACUCUGAGGACAAGGCCUCAGAGUGGGCAGAGCUUGCAGGAAAGAACUCAUGAAGUAGAGGCUGCGGCCCUCUCUACUCUCCCCCCCUUCGUUCCCUCCUCCCCCCUUCAUUCCCCCCUCCCUCCACCCCAUGCCCCUUCCCCUCAACUAAACCGCCUAAUGCAAUUAUUUUUCAUCGUAUCUGAUGGUCGAGAGUUUAUUGAUCGGAUAAAUCCGAAAUAAAGGAAAGAUUUUACAUUUUACUUCCAUGCUGCCGUUUCUAAUUCUGUCGGGCUGAAGGGAGUAGGUCGGUGUUGGAAAGAAUUCCACGCUGUCGACCACAAGCGGGACAAAUGUCGACCGUUUGCUCUUUUUCAUAGAUGCUGCCUGGCCUGCUGAGUUCCUGAAAUGAUUUUUCUUCGCAACCAUCCACAAAAACAGAGGAGUGCCCCAAAGAAUGAACGGCAGUUAAAUGCCAGAACCCCAAAGUCCCCCCUCCCAAGCUCCUCCGGCAGUAAGCAACAAUCCCCCCUCCAAAAACAAAAAGGCAUCGGCACCCGUCACUGAGCACUCAAACUGUGAGCAAAGCAACAGCAAAGACACAGACAUACGGUUACCCCAAAGACUUUGUGUUUCACCCAGUAUUCGACAGACCGCAGGUUUUGUCCCUCCCUAAUAAGGGGGAGGGAGGUGUCUCCGUUUUCCCAGCGAGCGGGGAGACACAACAAACAACUCGCUGGUUGACGACGUUAGAAGUCCGUCACGUCGCUUCUUCUUGAGCUCUGUGCCCAGAGGCCGCAAAGAUCCCGGGUCUUCGGGCCCACAGCAGGUUUCCCGACGACGCACGGGUCUCCCGCCGUGACACCGCCCCUCCAGAGCCCCCGCGAUCUCGGGCUCCCGAAUCCGAGCCGGACUCUCAGGCCGUGCCGAGCACCGGCCAGUCUAGAAACCCCGAGAGCGGGUCCCAUUCCCGCAAAGAACCGAAGUCAGCGUGUAACUCCAGGUCAGGGUCUUCAAAAGAACCUUGAAAAGGAAAAAUAGAGAUAUUAAAGAUGGAAGUAGAGUUGUCUCCGAAGAUGCAGGCAAAGGAUUUGCUGUUUGGUGCCAUUAACCCUCCUAAGCUCCACUUUCAAGCUUCGAAGACCUUCAAAGGCUUCGGCCUAGUAGGCUGUGGGAUUGCUAUGGUGGCGCUGGAAGACUUGUGGGUUGCUGCCAGCG